ACUCAGAGGAGGGCUUCCAUGCUGUUCUGCCACUCUGGAAGUUUUGGGAGCUGCUAAAGUUUCACGUUUUUGCAACAUCUUGUCAGUUCUUUCACACUUCAGCCCAGGGAAAGCUCUUGAUUACAGAGAGCUGCAUGGGCAAAUAUUUUGUUCAACUCAGAGCAGGAGGUGUCAGUGGAGCUUGGAAUAAAGGUCGCCUAUUUUCCCUGGAAAACACUCAGUGAUGCUUUCUUUAGCAAAAUGGGAACAAGGAAUAUAACAGUUACUGUGUUUCUUUUGAGUGUACUUCUCUGUUGGAGUCAAGGACUAAAUCCCAGAGGUAGAAAUGUUUGCGAAUCUGGAUCUGAAGGAGGUUUACAAUGUUGCAGUGGUUGGACUCAAUUAGGAAAGGAAUGCUUAACACCACUCUGUGAGGGUAACUUCACUUGCAACGAGAACGAACUUUGUGUUCGCCCCAAUGAAUGUCGUUGUCGUCAUGGUUACUUUGGUGCUACCUGUGAUAUGAAGUGUCCCUCCCAGUACUGGGGUCCUGACUGCAAGGGCAAAUGCACCUGCCACCCCAACGGCCAAUGCGACGAUGUCACAGGGACCUGCACCUGCAAGCCCAACCGCUGGGGGUCGAACUGCGAGCAUCCGUGCGGCUGUCAGAAGGGCUCGUGCCACCAAGACACAGGCGUGUGCACCUGCUAUCAGGGCUUCUGGGGCGACACGUGCUCCAACAAGUGCUACUGCAGCAGCCACUCUCACUGUGACCCCAACACGGGCCAGUGUCAGUGCUAUCUGGGCUGGUACGGACAGCUGUGCAACGCCCAGUGUUCCUGCAACAGGUCUCCGUGCGAGCAGCUGACUGGCCGCUGCCAGUGUCGGGAGCGUCUUUGGGGAACCCACUGCGAGAACAUGUGCCAGUGCGUCCACGGGCGCUGCAACCAGGCCGACGGAUCCUGCACCUGCAGGCCAGGCUUCAGGGGGAAGUUCUGCAAGGAACCGUGUCCCGCCGGGUUCUACGGGCAGAACUGCAGGAACCGGUGUGGCCACUGUAAAGGCCAGCAGCCCUGCAAGGUGACUGAGGGGCGCUGUGUCACCUGCGAGCGAGGCUGGAACGGCACCAGGUGUGACCAGUUGUGUGCCCCGGGAUUCUUUGGUGAGAACUGCCACGACAUUUGCCCGCCGUGCAAAGACGGGCACUUCUGCAAUCGCAUUGACGGCAAAUGCCCCCACUGUAACCUUGGUUUUAUGGGAGACAGGUGUGAGUUCAAGUGCCCAAACGGAACAUAUGGAGAAAAUUGUGCCAACGAAUGCAAGCUUUGCUUCAAUGGGACUUGCCACUUUGCUACUGGAGAAUGUCUUUGUGACUCUGGAUUCCAUGGAGCUCAUUGUAAUAUAAGCUGUGCACCUGGUCAAUAUGGCAUCGACUGUGCCCAGACAUGUUCCUGUCACGACAACAACUGCCACCCCGUUUCUGGAGCGUGCAACCUACAGCCGAACCAGAGGAUGGGUGUGAUGGCAGCAGGAGUGCUGGUGUCUUCUCUGCUCCUCCUGCUCCUCUCUCUGCUCUGCUGCUGCUGCCUGUGCAGGCAGAAGAACAGCGACGACCCAGAGAACAAGACUAAGAGACAGACUAAGAGACAGCUCUGUGGAGGGUUUACUAGAAUAAGCUCCAAGCUGCCUCGAAUUCCGCUGAGGAGGCAGAAAUUACCCAAAGUAGUUGUGUCGCACCACGACCAUGAAAACACGUUCAACUGCAGUUUCAUCGAGCCCCCCUCAGCAUUAGAGCAGCCCUCCCCCUCCUGGUCCUCCCGAGGGUCCUUCUCCUCUGAAGAGACUGCCGAGGACAGCCCAGUCUACUCCGUGCCCCAGGAUGAGUCCGGCGAGGACAACAGAAGGAAAGAAGACAGAAACAACACAACAGAGACAACGAUUCUUGUCGAUGACGAGGACGUGGACGGCGUCUCCGAGGUCGAGACGUUGCCUGAGGACACAAGGGUGACUGAGCAGGCCUCAGCAGCCAACAGCAGUGAGCCUCCAUGCCAGCCGUUUCCAUGCCAGCCGUUCUCAGAGAGCGAGGGUUCCUGCAGUGGCUCAGAGUCUGCUAGUGUGGCCCUCAAAGGCCCCGCCCCUCAGCCUCCACAGCAGAUAAAUAAGCCAAACGAUAACAAAGGUGGGAGGAGCAAACCUAAAGAAAACAGGAAGUGUGCGUCAUCAGAGAGAGUCAAGCCAAGGCCCCCGGACCCUUCCACAAAGCCCAAAGUCUCUUGGAUCCAUGGAGCCACUGGGGCCAAUCCCAAUCAGUUAAGUCAGGAAGAAACCAUUGUGGAGGAGAGAUCGAGAUCGGGAAAGAAAUCCAGCAAAAACAGGACCGUGAGCCCAGAGGAGGCUACAUGCAUAGAUGAGGCCAGUGCCUCUGGUGAGACGAAAACACAGAGAAACAGUUCAGGUCUGGUGCAGCUGGACCACAUAAACGGGGCCGUACAGAGUGUCUUUAGGAAAAUGAGCGGUUUCCGCGUCAGUAAGAAGACUCCAGACCCCACUGAGUCUCCGCCGAAAAGUCCCAGUUCCUCCAACAACAGAGAAGUUAUUCAACCGCACAUCAACCCGGAGGCAGCUUCUCUGUUAGCUGCUCAGCUGAAGGAGAAGACUCAGAGCCUGAGCAGAAGCGAAGACAAGACCAGCGAGGAGAGUAGCCUCUCUCAGGGCCAGAGGAAGAAGCCCACACCGCCCCAAAAGACCUCCGCAAGCUGCCAUCUUGGAGCUGGAAAGGCCCUGCUACCAACAUCAACGUCCAGUGGCCUGCAGCGUUCUGCUUCAGAGUCGCCAUCCAAAGAAGCCAAGACUCUGGAGAAACAAGACUCUGAGAGACCCGAGAAGGGAGACCUGGUGGUCAAGAAGACGCCCAUUAAAAAGCCUCCGAGAAAGAAGGGCAAGGACGGAAAUUCAGACCUGAAAACAAAGACUGAGCCAAAGGUGGCCGUGAUGCCGCCACAGAUUGUAAACUAACGGUCUUGUUUUUGUCUUUUUUUGUUUUGUUUAUUUUUUAUUUUUAACAGUGUACUGGAUACAUUUGUUAAGUAUUUUUGGGCAAAUAAGGUGUUUUUGCCCUGGAUUUAUAUUUUUUACAAAACCUUUUUUUCUCAUACAAUGCUUUAUAUUCAGUAUUUUGUGUAUUCUAAUACUUAGAUAUUCAUAAUAAAACAUACUAUAAAGAAUGCAAGAGAUUAUAAUCAU